CGCGGCGUUCUAAGUGAGAGUAAAGGCAUCUUCGAGGCGGGUCGAGGCUUCCUCUGCCUCAUGCUGUUGGUCCCCCGAAGCUCAGCCGAACUCUGCGGAUUGGUUGACGUUCUUCCGGUCUCCAUCCAAGGCCCGCCUGCUGCCUCCUCGCUGCAGUCCUCAGAUAGACCAUGGCCCUGAGAGCAUGUGGGUUGAUCAUCUUCCGAAGACGCCUCAUUCCCAAGGUGGACAACACUGCAAUUGAGUUUCUACUGCUGCAGGCGUCGGAUGGCAUCCAUCACUGGACUCCUCCCAAAGGCCAUGUGGAGCCAGGAGAAAAUGACUUGGAAACAGCCCUGCGGGAGACUCGGGAGGAAGCAGGCCUAGAAGCAGGCCAGCUGACCAUCAUUGAGGGGUUCAGAAGGGAGCUCAAUUAUGUGGCCAGGGAGAAGCCUAAAACAGUCGUUUACUGGCUGGCCGAGGUGAAGGACUGCGACGUGGAGAUCCGCCUCUCCCGCGAGCACCAAGCCUACCGCUGGCUGGGGCUGGACGAGGCCUGCCAGUUGGCUCAGUUUGAGGAGAUGAAGGCAGCGCUCCAAGAAGGACACAAAUUUCUCUGCUCUACAGCAGCCUGAGUUGGCCAGAGCAGAGUCAUUUGCCUCAGCAGGAUCCUUAAGGGCCUUCUGAGAUGAACCCACCUUCAGCCCCCAGAAAGGUUGUGCUGGUCUUUGGCUCAUCAUAGCAAAGAACAGAUAGGUUAGUGAAAUCAGUUGAGGACUCCCAGAGGCAAGCAAGCAAAAAUCUUAGCUGGGUGGAAAGGAAGGCAAAGGAGGAGUAAAAAAAAAUGGGCAGAACCAGUAAGUGCAUCCUUAUACUUUAUAAAUAAAUUUCAAGCAGCUUAUCUGUCUUCUAA